AAAACUUCCAUGGAGAUUUUAUUCCACCAGUACAUUUGACACACUGUCUCUGUUGACUUCUGGGGACCUGAGACUCUGGGAAAUGACGAAUCCUUCCCCCCCCAGUGCUGGCCGGUAUCCAUGCUCCUCCGGCUUGCUUGUUAGCAUGGGUUGAUCCCCAGAGGGCCACUGGUGGGUAUAAGAGAGCAGGGAGUCUUGGUGUGCCGUGAGUCUGCUAACAAGAUAAGGACAGGACGCAAACUUAUUCCAGAAGGAGAAGACUCCAAUAAAAGGAAUUCAAAGACACUAACUUUGUUGGAUCAAAGAAUGACUAUGGCUACCACUCUACCGUACAACCUCUCUACAAUGAAUGCAUCAUUAGAGGACCUAAGAGCUGACCCUCUAUGUAGCAGCAUCUCACCUCCCAAACACCAAAACAAGCUCAUUCCUGCCAUCUACGGCAUCGUCGUUGUCCUGGGCUUCAUCGGCAAUGGACUUGUGGUGUUGGUGCUGAGCCAGAGAUCCAGUCAGAAGUCAGUGGCCAACACCUACAUGCUGAACCUGGCCCUGUCAGACCUGCUGUUCCUCACCAGCCUUCCCUUCUGGGCUGUCUACUACUCCAACGAUUAUGACUGGGUGUUUGGAAAGCUGAUGUGCAAGGUGUGCGGCUGGCUCCUCUCCCUCAACGUCUACGCCAGCAUCUUCUUCAUCACCUGCAUGAGCGCCGAUCGCUGCCUGGCCAUCGUGCACCCGCUCCGGUCGCAGAGCCGCCGAAACCUCCGCCAGGCUCAGGUGGUGAGCUGCGCCGUGUGGGCUGCAGCCACCCUCCCCACCAUCCCAGACGUGCUGUUCAGAGACGCCCAGUACCUGGGGGAGCUGAGCAUCACGGCUUGCGCCGUCCACUACCCGAGCACCAGCUGGUUCGUCAGCCUGGCCCUAAUGAAGAACAUCCUGGGCUUCCUAGUCCCCUUCGCCAUCAUCGCCACCUGCUACUGCACCAUUGGCCGCCACCUGCUGGGUGCCGCCCCCCUUGAGGAGGGUUCCGCCUACCUGGACCGGGUCCUGAGGAUGGUGGUGGCAGUGGUGCUGGCCUUCUUCAUCUGCUGGUUCCCCUUCCACCUCCUCACCUUCCUCAAUGCCCUGAGUGCCCUGGAGGUGCUGACGGGCUGCUGGGCGAGGUGGGUGGUGAAUGCGCUGAUACCGUUCGCCCUCUGCCUGGGCUUCUGCAACAGCGCCAUCAACCCCUUCCUCUACUGCUUCGUGGGCAACCACUUCCGUGAGCAGCUGGCCCGGCUGGUCCAGGCUUGGGUGCCCAGACUGUCCCAGAAAACUGGCUCCAUCAGCUCCAGGCUGAGCUCUUUCUCCAGGAAGCUGAGCGACCUGAAGGACCUGGGCUCUCUGGAGACUGCGGGACAACACCGAAACGGGUUCAGGGCCGGGAUCAGGACCGACCUGGCGCAGGACAGCAGCGUGUCCUGUGUUUAACUCGGGAGCUCGAGAGAGAACUGACGAUGAGAAACAGAGACCGGCAGUGUCUGUCAAGCAUUGGCGGUCAGAUUCAAAGAGGCUAGCCUUCUUCGGGAAUCAUUAUGCACAUUUUUAACAAGUGCUGGCCUGACAAGAUCCAGCAGUGGAUGAACUUGUGUAUUGUAUUAUAAAUAUAACAAAGAGUAUGUUUGUAUCAUUUUAUAUAAAAUACAGUCUGAAAUUCUAUAUUAUAAAUACUACCAAGUGGAUGGUUAAUUAAGCUAUAAUGUGGCAUUACCCUGACUGUGAUUGUACAAGUGAUUUUUUUGAUGGUGAUGGGAUAGCAGCUCUCUCUAUUUUGUCAUAGGAUGAACCAAACAUGAUGAAAAAUUUUACAGCCAGUGAGAGUAUCUGUAUGCAUUUUUAUGUUAUGGUUUAGCUAACGUUGAAUGAAUAUGGUUAGUAUGUUUUUUUCAUGGAUUCAAAAUGACAUACCAGUGUUAUAGAUCAGGGCAUUACUACCUCAGCAUAUUCCAAAUAAAUAUAUCACAUUUGAGAAACUAAACUACUUGUGUUCCUUCCUCAGAACCUCAUAUGCAGUGUAGUAAUUGUAAUUGUAUUCUAGGGAGGAUUAGGUGCUGGAAAAUCUAAGGGGCACUGGCAGUGUAAUGCUUAUGCUGCAACCAGCAUUAGCCCUUACAGUACCACUAGUGUUAAGACAACUUUGCAGUUACUUUUCAUAUAACUUCAUUUUUUAUCAGUCGCAAAACUAUAAUUCAUAUAUUGAAACUACUGACACUGUUUUUAAUGUUAAAAUAUCAAAAACUGUUCACUAUUAACUUAAACCUCAAAUACAACAUUUUCAGCAUUCAGAAUACUGAAUUUACUCGAUAUAUGGAAAGUACAUGUAUACCAGUGUGCACGGGGUUUAAAGAUUUGUAUCAUGGGGUAAAUUAAAUGGACAAUAAAGAUUUAUGAUUAUAAAACCAAGGCCUCAUUUCAAAGCACGUUCCACAGGGUUCUAGCAGCGCACAGUAACAAUCUGCCAAAAGACUGUCAUUCUAGCUGUCAGACUAUUUGUAUGAUGUGUUUUCCUUUCUCUCUAAAGCACCUUAAUACGUUGAAUACUGUACAAUACAUACUGUGGCUUGACAAUGGAUCUCCUGUGUUUUGACUCAAAUACUGCUUUUUCUAUUUCAAGAAAGUAUUUCCUGAUGGAUAAACUGUCCUCCAGAUGUCAGUAUGGUUCGCUACGUAAGACAAUUCUCAUCCAUUUUCUUGAAAACAUACAGUGCAGACCAAAGUAUCAGGCCACCUGUGGUUAAAAAAAAGAGAAAAUGUUAGGCUGAGAAGAAUUCAGUCAAUAUAUGCGCAUUUAUUGAAUAACAAACCAAAGUAUAAACUUUUUUUUUUCCAAUUUCUACCUACAAUAAUAGAAAUCAGUUUUACUUAAGAAAAUAAUCUUAGACACAACGUUUUCUCAAAAUUGCUUCCUUUGGCAUUACUUAAAUUAAACAAAUUAUUGGGAGUCUAUCCAAUCAUUUUGCAUAGACUAAAUUGAGUUAAAUCUGAAAUUGAGUUAAAUUAAGUUAAAUCUUACCUACCUUAAGUUAAAAAAUAAAAAUAAUCAAAGGUAGCCUUGAUGAUUGGAUAGACUUCCAAUAAUUUAAUUGUAAUUUACGCCAAAGGAAGGUCUUGUGAAGAAAGUCCUGUCUAAGGCUGUUUAAGUAAAACUAAUUUUUUUUGUGUUAUUGUAGGCAGAAAUAGAAAAAAAGGUUUGUAUUUUGUUUGCAAUUCAAUAAAUAUGCAUAAACCAACAUACAUAUUCAUAGAAUUAUUCUCUACCUAAAGUUUAAAAAAAAACAAAAAAAAAAAACACACGGAUGGCCUAAUUAUUUAGGUUGUUCGUGUUUACUCCUAAAGAAUAUCUGCAAAUGUUAUAUUACUGUCCAGUUCAGUCCAGGGAAGAUAAUAAGGAGAAUAUUAGCCAUGUAAUGCCUUCAUGUUUUACAGUUUCAAAAUAAUAAUUUAAAAAAAGACAAAUAAAAUAGCCCUAUGCACUAACCCUGUUAGUUAGUACUUUGUAACUCCUCCACGGGAAACUAUAACAGCUUGCGCACGCUUCCUGUAGCCAGCUAAGCCUUCAAUUCUUUCUUUUGAAAAUUUUCUCCAUUCCUCCUGGCAGAACACUUUAGAUCAGAAAUAUUCUUCAGCCUCCAUGCAUGCAUGGCAUUUUUAAAAUCUCUCCACAGAUUUUCAAUAAUAUUUAAGCCUGGGGACUGUGGUAGCCAUUCCAAAACCUUCAUCUGUCUUUGCUGGAGGUACUACCUUAUUGAUUUUGAGGUAUGCUUUGGAUCAUUGUCUUGCUGGAAUACUCAACCUCUCUAAAACUUCAAUGUCUGGACUGACUUUCGAACAUUAGCCUCUAGAAUUUCUUGAUAUUUGGUGGAAUCCAUUUUUCCUUCCACGUGCACAAUAUUUCCUGUGCCCCAAGCUUCCACACAACCCAAAAGCAUAAUGGAUCCACCUCCAUGCUUUACAGCUAGCAAAGUGUUCUUCUCUAUAAAUGCUUCACGCUUUUUUCUCCAAACAUACCUUUUUUGGUUGUGGCUAAAAAGUUCCAUUUUAGUUUUGUCAGCCCAAAGCACAUUCUUACAAAAGGCUUCAUGCUUCUCAAGGUUUUCUUUUGCAUACUUCAUAUGCUUAAUUUUGUGCUGAGGUCGUAGGAAAGGCUUCUUUCUGGCAAGUAUGCCAUGUAGGUCUUCACUGUUUAAAGUACUGUCACAUGCCAAGCGUGACACCCCAGGGAGGGAGAUGCGACAGUACCGGGCAACACCGUUGUCUGUCGCAUGGAGAGGGAGAGCGCACCCACACAAACAUGAAAUAAAAUAAACGGACACCUACCCCCUUCCCCCUCACGGGUUCUGGGCAAAAACAAGAAACUAACACAACAAACUAAAAUAACAAAGACAAAAGAAAGUAAAACAGAACAGCAACUUUUCAGUUCGCCUGCUCUGUAGCUGACCCGCCUUCCCGGCCUGGUCCAGGUCCUCCAGCGUCCCAGCUGAGGAUUGCUUUCUUCUUUUGUGCUCAAAAUGAAACGAAAAACAUAACUGCGCUCUCGGUGUUAGCUCCCAGUCUCGGCCUUGAACUGUGGAGAGCAGCACGUCUUUAAGCACCUGGGCUGAUUAGCUAACGCAACCCAGGUGCGUGUGCUCGCUCCACCAGCCCGCACAGCCGAGACAAAUCCGCCUCUCUGGCGGACUGACUGCUACAAGUACGUUCUAUUGUUGUCCUGUGAACAAUUAGACCUGUGUGUGCUACAUUUCUUGCAGCUCUUUUGCAGUGAUGUGUGGGUUGCGCUGAGCAUUUAUCACCAGGUUUCUGGCCAUUCUAUCUGAAAUCUUUCUUGGUCUUCCAGACCUUGCCUUGACUUCAACUGUUCCAUUUAUCUUCCAUUUUCUGAUAAUGUUUCUAACCGUACAAAUAGAUAGUUUGAAACAUUGAGAGCCAUUUUCCUUGUUGAUGGAAGUGAACUAUCUUGAUUCUGACAUCCUUGGACAACAGUUUAGAGGAACCCAUGGUUGUUAACACCAGACAGAACAGCCACCGCAGUCAGAUACAUUAGAAGGCAUGGCGUUACUUCAGGAUAAAUAGUUCAGCCCUGGAAAUAUUUUCACCUGCCUCAUUGAAGCCCUAACAAGUAAAUCACCUUGGUCUGGGCCUUAAUAAUUACCUUUUUUUAAAGUAACAAAGAAUUAUCCAAAAGGGUUCCCAAACUUUUGCAUAGGGUCCUUUCCCCUUUUUAUAAUUUAAAAACAGUACCAUUUAGAGUUCAGGUUUGCUUUCGAUCACUUAGAGAUUAAUUGUAACAGACAUUUAAACCAGGGGUGCCAAGAUUUUUGCACCCCACUGUACCUCUUUCUAUAGUACUUGCCCAUCACAGUCCACAGUUUAUCCUUUUUAAAAUCAUGUUCUGAUGACUAGAAUGGAAAUUCAGUUUAGUCCUUUUCCAGAGUUGGUGUAAUACGAUCUGUAAGUUUCAGUAUUGGAUAAUGCUGUGUGAACCCAUUGGCUAAACACAGCUUAGGUCACUG